AUGGUGAGCUACUCCCGUACUAACAUACACGAUGCUAUCGUCUUUCUAGAGCCUCAGAUGGACUACAUCUGCAAGGUCAGUGGCGCGACUGGACUUUCGUUAUCCGUUGUUUCGGGCGGAGAAGAAGCCUAUGCCAAGCAUCUCGGUUUUCGAGACGUUGAAGUUCAGAACACCCCGGAUGGCGAUACAACGUACUUCAUCGGCUCUGUGACUAAAGGAAUCGUGGCAGUCCUCGUGGGAAUAUUGGUUGAGGAAGGGAAGCUCGGGUGGUCGACUCGCGUCGCCUCAGUAUUGCCCGAGCUCCAAGAUGCAUUCGAGGGCCGCGGCUCGCAGAUCACUAUCGCUGAUCUCUUAUCCCAUCGCACUGGAGUGGCGCGUAGCGACGCCAUCUGGAUUUCUCGGGCUGGGAAUAUCCUGCUCCCAAAAGACUUCAGGAAUGACUUUCUCUACAAUAACUACGCCUACGACGUGGAAAAGGUAUGGGAGCCGAUGGGGAUGCAUCGAACGUCGGUGGAGGACCUUGCUGGGAAUUCCAACGCAGCAAAGGCCUAUUACGCCCUGGAAGAUGCCUCUUCUUAUGAAGUUCCAAUUCCUACCAUAUCCCACGAAACCAUCAUGGGUGCUGGUGGGGCCAUUCGGAGCUGCACAAAUGACUUGGCCAAAUACUACUGCAGCUUUAUGAAAGCAGUCAAUCAUCAGUUCAACAACAACACGACCUCAACCCCGAACUCGCCAUUCAAGCAGCUGACUACAAUUCUCCGACCUCACAAUCAGCUUGGCGUCAUCUCUUUGGGCGAGCAGUCUUAUGCACUGGGCUGGGGGCGUGCACAGCUCCCAUGCCCAUUAGGCACUCUCAAUUACAACUAUCUGCUUAUUCCCUUAAUGCCAGUAAUUGGGCAAGGAGCUCCAAGUCAGCUCACUCUGUAUCAUGGAGGAAGCAUUCAAGGAUUCAACACAGCUGCUUACCUCUUACCAGAAACCGAGACGGCCAUCAUCGCAAUGCAGAACUCGUCGGGCCUGGGCGAUGCAUGCGAUUGGAUUCCUCAAAUAAUCAUGCAUACGCUGUCAGGCAGUACUGAGAGAAUCGGCUUUCUGCAUCUUGCUACUGUGGCUGUGAGGGCGGCGCUAUCUCUGCCAGAGAAGAUCGAUGACGAACUUGAAACGAGACGAGAAAGAGGCACGAGACAUAUGAACCUCGAGGCAUAUACAGGUCGCUACUGGAACGCCCUUCAAAAUUUCCGCAUAGACGUAAAAAUCUUGAAUGGCCGUCUCUCCAUGACGUUUCAAGGAAUUUUGAACGAGACUUAUGAGCUCAGGCACUAUCAUCAUCAUUUAUGGACAUGGAAUGUGUCACACAAUGAGACUGCGAAGCAAGGACGAUAUCCAACUAAGCCCUGGAUAUCGUACAUUAUCGAAUUAGAUUGCGGGGAGAAUAAAGAGGCUCAGGUGUUGCUCUGGAAGUAUGAUGAGGAACACCCAGAGCCAGGGGUCUUCAGACAAGCUUUGGCGCAGCCGAGAACGCCGUACUCCGGGAGACAAGGACUCCGCUUCCGAAACCACGGAUCCGAUCUGGUCGACGAAACCACGAACCCAACAGCCGGUCAGGCACAGGCCUCAGCGCCUGCAAAUUCGGACUCGCAAGAUGUCUCAACGAAAUUGAAAAUAUUCAGCUUCUGGAUAAAGGUAUAUGAGGAAAUUCUUGCAGAUAAAGACGAACAACUAAAGAAAAUCCUGGACGCAUACGAUGUCCUCCUGGAGCGCGCGGCGGGGACAGACGGCGGAAUAGCUAGCAGCAACACUAUACAGAACCAGGGCGAUGAUGUAGGCUUCAUCAAGGAUAGUUCAUCUGCCGAAGCAGACAUCGGAGAUUCCUCGAGCUCUGAGCUAUCCGAUUCGGGCAUUCACCUAUUACCAUCAGCCCGGCGCGUGGUGGGGGAUGACGCGAAAAUGAAGGCCAUUGUAAAGAUAAAACUCGACGAGAUGCAGCAGAAGGAAUGGGUACUGAAGUGGCCUGGCCAUGUUUUCAAGGUCCAGACUGCCGCUCUGAACCCUUACGCCGGUCUAGCAUGGGCUGGCGCAACGGAGCUAGUUGCUCGAUACAAAAUCGUAGAGGAAGAUUACAUUUAUGGCAAGCAUGGUAAGCAUGAGGACUUUGAGAAGAUCCUUGUAGCCAUGUAUAGCAAGAUCACGUUGUUCUACAUCAAGGCCGCAUGCUACUUUGCCAAGUCAACUUUGAAGCGCAUGCUGAGGGGUGUUGCGACCUUGGACGAUUGGAAGUCAACUCUUACAAAUCUCACCAAAGCAGAUGAGGAGUGCCAAGCAUUCGUUGUCUCACUUGGAAUAUCCGCCUCACUCAAGAAGGGGAGAUCAGAUCUUGGAAAAGCUGAGCAAUCGAGACCAGCACUCAAAUCAACAGAAUCAAGGCAUGGCUUCUCUAUGACGUCGACAUCGAUAAGCAACAUCUAG